UAUGACAAAAGUGCAGGCAUGUCUCUAUCUAUGAAUCAGCUGACUUAGCCAAACAAUACGAAAACAACAAAGCAAUCAUUUUUGGACUUGGGAGAUUUCUGAAUGGAACAGUGUGAAGUAAUCCCUAAACAUCUCUUUCCUAUUGGUCCUGGAUUGUGAAAGAUGUCUCUGCUGGCACCCGAUCAUCAACAUCUGCCCCAGGAAGGAGGCCCACCCACCCAUGAUCAUCAUCACAACCACCAUCACCACAACCACCAUAAUAGUCAUGGGUACUCCUCUCAAGCCUCGUCGGCCGCAUCACCACCUUCGUCCUCAUUACCAGGUUCACAACACCAUUCCAAUCCCCUUCCCCCGCCUCAUGAACACAUCCAUGCCCACCCUAACUCUCACCAUGAUAUGCACCCUCCCCCUUCUGUGCAUCAGCUACAUCAGCUUCACCCUGCCCCCGUCCCUGCCCAACAGCACGACCAUCUGGGGGCGUCUAAUCAUGCUCCCGGUUCCUCGUCCUCGUCCUCCUCUUGUCUUCUGCCAUACAAGGAAUUCGACAUGAAACCUUUGAUCGUAAGCGAAGGCUCGAUGCAUUGUUGUAAUGCCUUCGACCGACUACGGGCUCAACGAGAACAAGGUCGUUAUUGUGACCUCACACUCUCCAUAGGAGGCCGAAAAUUCCAGAGUCAUCGUUGUGUCAUGGCCUCAGUUAGCUCUUGGUUCGAUUCUAGGCUGAAGAUGCACAAGACCAUGAAGGAAGAGAUCGAGAUUGAUUGUCAGAAUUUGGAGGUAUUUUAUGCGGUGUUGACUUAUUGCUAUACGGGCCAGAUCACUAUUCAAAGAAGUAACGUGGAUGAGAUUCUGAUCUUGAGUGAUAAAUAUGCCAUUUCCAAACUCAAGGCCUACUGCGUUGAUUAUUUGAGCCGAUGUAUCAACACGGAGUUGGUUUUCAAGGUCUUACAUCUGGCCGUUCGCAUUGGUUCCUCGGAUUUGAUUAAACAGUGCGUGAAUUUCAUCCAUCGACGCUUUGACCAUUUAUGUCAUCGAGGCGAGAUGAUGGCCUUGAACUAUUCGGUCUUCAAGGCCAUUCUAAAUGAGUGCUUAUCAUCAGUGUCCCAAAAUAUUCUGCUAAUGUUCAUCACGCAGUGGGUAGAUUGUAAUAUUCCCGAGAGAGAAGGAUUCUUCAUGGAUCUAUUGCCCAUGAUCCAAUGGAGUUCUAUGGAGCCUCAAUUUGUCACUGACCACAUUGAACGGACGCCAUUGUACCAGAAUAGUCAAGAAUGUUUAUACGGCAUUCUGGGCUUCAUGUUCGAACAACAAGGCAUGUACUUGAGUUCGAAGCUCUAUGAUUUGUAUCAAAAUCUUCAAGAGCGGUUCUUGCAAGAGCCUGACUUGGAGGAACUCAACGAUAGUACCAGUUUCUUGUCUUUAGCUCUGAACAUCAAAGAUCUGGAGCACCCUGGCGUCGAUACGGAUUGGCUUCUUCAAAACGAGCCCCCUCCUCAAGACUCGGGCUUAGCUUCAUAUCGAUCGGUGGAACCGGGUCCAUCCUCCGGAGGCGGCUCCGGGUUGCCCAAGAUGGAGCGUUAUAAAGAUUCUAUUGAACUGGACAUUGUGGAGCAACUGAUUAAUGAGCAACGCAUGUCCGAGGAGAGAGGCAAAUACCGCGAUCCAUCGUCCUCGGUGAAACGAUAUGAUCCUAAAUUUCGAGCGUUGAAUGAAGUAUUUCGACAAAACGAAAUGGGUCCAGAUCCAAUCAGUGUCGCUUUGCCAUCCACAUCAGGGAACUUGGGCUCGCCACCCCCCACUUCCUCACCCAGUGUUAGAAUCGAUUCUCGGAGCAAUAACUCUCUAAACGACCGGGCCUUUGGAAAAAAUCUUGCUUCUUGCAGUGAAAGUGGUCCAAUGACUUCGGUCUCCUCCGAAAUGGUACACGGUUCUCUUGACAGUCAUGCCAUGGGUCAAGAACAGACUUGCAUGACGAGACCAAAAUACGAUAUCAGCAACAAGAUAUGUUCAGAGCUCGAAUUUAACCAAAACAAAUGUCUAGAGCCUUGGGUCUCCUCAUUGGAACAUGGGGCUCCGCAAUCUCCAGUGCCCCUCACGGCCACUCGUUCACUUCACGAGGAUGGUUUAGGUAGAAUGCACGUCCCAGAGAGUCAAUGUGAUCAGCACCCCAGAGAAACAACACUAGUCAAAAUUCCCGUCUCGGAUUCGUUGUCCCACCCUCAGGAACUUCGUACACUUCAUACGACAUCCAAGUUGAUUUAUGACGACGACGCUAAUGACCAUGGUGCUAAUGAAGUAGAUGACCCGGACCAUUCCGAAAUCAUUCCUGGCACACCAACUCCGCCCCCGAGUCAUCAAAACCAGCGAGAUUGUCAAGAGGCUCUCAAUUUCUUUCCUGGGUCACACUUAAGAGCCCAUAGACGCGCUUCCAUUUCACCAGAUCCCAUUAUGACCUUGAGCCCUGUUUACCGAGACGAUCAAAACGACGAAAACCAAGACAAGGAUUUGACUGCAGCAUCCCCAUUGUCCAAGAAACGCUUGGUGCUAAGAAGAAGGACGUCUCCCACUCCAAAAAAUGAGGAACAUCUUGCUCCCAAUGGGCCGACGUUUCACCAUCAAGGACAAAAGCAGCAUGUCAAAAAAGCCAAGCUGUUGGCCGAGCAUCGAAAAUUGGGCGAUGGAGAUGCUCAAUUGCAUCAGAAUAAAUCGUCAGAAUUCAUGCUUAAAUGUGAUCAUUGUCCCUACAAGACUUCGAUCCGACAACGGAUGAAAGCCCAUGCCCGCCAACACGUCAAUGGCGUGGUACUGGAUUGUCCGAAGUGCCCGUUCCAAAGCAAAUGGAAGAAAGAGAUGAGUUCCCACAUACAAGAGCUCCACUUUCCUGGUCCCCCGUUUCAUUGUGACUUUGAAGAAUGUUCUUACAGCAAGCACAAUCUUUACGUAUUCCUCGAGCACCGGAAAACCCAUGGGACACUGAAAGGAUACAAGUGCGAUGUCAAGGACUGCUCCUUUGCCACCAAGACCAAAUGUCGCCUUUUGAUCCACAAACGUACUCAUGAGCGCACGUUUUAUUGCGUAGAGUGUCCCAAGACAUUCACCUCAACAACGGCCUUGGUCAGUCAUAAGCAGGUUCAUGCCAAGGGUCGACCCUUUGCCUGCGAGCAAUGCGACUUCACGACAAAGUUCAAAAGUAAUAUGAACUUCCAUAAGCGAAUUCACGAAGGAAAAAUCUUUCGUUGUGCGUUUGAAAACUGCUCCUAUUCCACACCCAAGAUGAGCUACUUCACAAAUCAUCAACGAAUUCAUUCAGGUGAGAAGACGUUCAAGUGCCCAGUUUGCAAUAAGGGUUUCGUGGAGAAAUCUCAGAUGACGCGACACAAGCUGAUUCACACGGACGAGAUGCCAUUCGCAUGUUCCAAAUGUGAUUUUAAAACCAAACGAAAAGAUAAACUCAAGAGUCAUUUGCUUCGCAUUCAUGGGAUCAAUGGUCUACCCAAUGAGAAACGGGCCAAAUUCAUGUUGAAGCACGUUGCUUCUAAACCUACUUCCGACUCGACCGCCUUCAAGGCCGUUUGGGACGUGGCCGCGGCCAAAAAUCCCAAGGGCAUGUGCACGGGCUCAAUGAGUCCGGCUCGAAGGAUCUUGUGCAAUAACAAUUCGGUCUGGUCUUUGGUGACCUCGGUCUCGAAAUUGGGAUUCUGGGUCAGAUACUUUUGCAUCCACUCGACGGCCUCAUGUCCCGAGAAGCAGUCCUCGACCACCGAGGACUUGAGCGGACCCUUGCGGUGUUUCUUGACGGGCAUGCCGCCAUUCUUCCGGUUUCGGAUAGAGGGUGUGUCUCAGGGCAUUGUCCGGAUCAUAUUCAAAAGACACACCGGCCGUGGGGUUCCACUUGGCGUGCUCCUUAGCAAUGCCUUUCUUGGCAUAAGCCCGCACCUUGAGCUCUUGGCCUUUCCUCAAUUUGCAAAUGAGGAUAUCAUCCGAUUCCGUGCCUUGGCCGUAAUCAUGGGCAUCGUCAUCGUUAUUUCGCGACGUGACCGGGAUGACCCGAUUAUCGCUGGACUUGAGAUCAGCCGUGGUCACGUUCCGCGUUUGAUCCUCAUUGCAUUUCACGUCCAACGUGAACUCGAUCGAGCAGUCGGAGCAGAAAUCCGUGCAGUUGCACUCACGACUGUACUGCAUGGCCUCGACAGCCUCAUCCGAGGUCAAGGGGAUCAGGCCCAGACGAUGAGCCAGGAACUCGUCCGAGAGGACGGUGGAGUUGGCCUCCAACUGAAUCCAGUCAAUGGCCAUAGUGGGUGUCUCGGCAAUCAUCACCCGCCGCAAAGAGUUGGCCACACUCAGACAAGCCCUGCUGGCCCAGCCCCGUUCAAGGUGUUGAAAACAGAACGACUUUUUACAAUCUGCAUGGCUUCGUCUUCCACGGCCUCUCUGGCCGAUUUGGGCGUGACUGUGUCGUCCCUGGACCCCAUGGUCUCGUCCCAGUCCUCGUCCACGGCUUGGAUCCACACCGUCUCCGUCUCAGACAAUUUUUCCAAUGUGGUCGUGUCGGACGCCUCAUCACUCUCCGAACCCAUGCUCCUCCCGUUUUCCUCGGUCAUGUUACCUUCGACGCCCACCGCCGGGAUCCUCAGUAGCAAAUCUCAUCAUCCCUUGGGCAAAUUUUCUCACGAACCGCUAUUGACCAAAAUGCCACCCGAGGAUCAUAAUACGGGCCCCCUCGCGGAUAUUGUCAAAAGCCCAUUCUUACACUUUGAAAGCCAAUCCUCGACCUUGGGGGGUUCAGGGUUAGAUUGGGGGGACUCCAAAUGUCAGACCCCGACCUUAACGACCCUGGCCUCGCCCAUGAUGGGCAAGCGGAGCAAAGUCAACCAUUCGGUGUUGAAUCAUCCCAGCCAGCCACUCAACCUAAUUGAAGGCCAUUCUGAACCAGCCAAGACAAUAUACAUGAUUUCAGAUGUCAAAACCCCGACCAUGGAGCCGGCUGGCCUGAGUAUCAAGCUCCUCGAUGAGAUGAUGCCCAAUGGAGCCAGCACUUCGCACCAUAAACUCAUGCCAGGCAAUUUAAGUCUGGUCAUGCCCUCAGUUACGCCCACCUUGGUUAGCACUAGCAAUCCGGUCAUGAGCAACAGCCUUUUUGGCUCACCCCAUGUGACCGACUCAUCUUACCCGUGUCUGACCAAGAUGGUCACGAGCAGCCAAGAUAUGAACUUGUCGCUCCCGAACUAUGAGUUGGUCAGCGAUUCCUUGGAUUUGUCACUCUCUUUCCCCGGAUUGACCUCCCCGACCCCCGCCAAACUCAAGCCUCAAUCCAGCUUUUCUUUGUUGGAGCCCAUGAAUAUGCGAUGUCUCUCCGAAACCGCUGUCUGUCAGCCAGGCCCCUCCCCGCGAGUGAUUGAGGAUGGCUCUGGGACGUCUUUGAGGCUGCUCAGUAAUGCAGAGCCCGUUCGAUUGAUGCCCGGUGGACGAGAGCAAAUGACGGCCAGUCCCCAAGUUCGAAUCAUGCCACCCAAAACUCCGCUCUCGGAUCAACAAUAUCACUUCCAAUUCAUGGAUAAUGGGCCUAACUAUGCACCUGUGCGUUUGAUCCCUCAAGCCACGUCUCAUUUAACGUCCACCUCGAAUGUCAAUCAUCAAAAGCAGCAGCAACAACAACAACAACAGCAGCAACAGCAACAGACCCUCCAUCGAAACAAAUUGAUUUUAAUGCCCGAGCAAACGUUAAUGGAUGCCACGCCCAAAGCUCAACCCAAGUUGUAUUUGAAGCAAAUUUUCAAUGGCAGCGUGUCCUCCAUAUCAUUGCCCAAUCCCUUAUCCGGGAAUUCAGAACCAGUCAAGGAGAAGAAGAAUGUGGUUCAACCCAUAUCUUGCUUCAAGUGCACCGAAUGUGGGUUUCUAGGCUUGUCGCACAAGCAAGUGGAGGAUCACGCUCUCUUCGAGCAUGAAUUUGAUCUGACCGAGGACAACGAAGAAUGGCUGGUGGUGGCUCAAAGGGAGUCCAUCAAAUUAGAAUGCCCAUUCUGUCCAAACAAGUUCAAUGCUGAGGGAUCCAGAUCGUUCAAAGUGCAUGUCCUGGACGACCACGGCGUGAAUGAGACAGAAGCGGACAAGCAUUUUCGAGACGGUCAUCAGAAACGCCGAACCAAAACCUUGGAGUGGAUGAAGGCCAAACGAGCAGAAGAAAAGGAAGAACGCCGCCGCGCCCGUAGAGACGUCCUCGAAGCUUAUGUGGAUGAGCAAGGACAGUUGCGGGUGAGAAAUACCACGAAGGGUAAAAAAAAUAUUGUGGACGACGUGGCUCCCACGCCCACCUCAAGCAACGCAAUGAACACUCCAAAUGUGGAUGUGAGUGCCAACGAGUAUGUAGAUGCUCUAGAAAUCGGCAAGAAAAUUGCUAAGUCAAAGAAGCUUGCCAAGUUGGGAUCGCUACCGGACCCUGUGCCGCAAGUGGAUGAAAAGCAAAAGCUAUUAAUUGGCUUGUCGCAAAAAGCGAAGAAAGGAUCUGCCAAUGCUCAACCGGAUGAGGAUAGUUCGGAUGAUGGGGAUGAUAACGACCAUGAUGAUGAAGAUGAUGAAGAGGACGACAUGGACAUUGACAUUGAAACCCUGGCCCCUGUUCUUUUGGAUCCACUCAAGUCAGAGUCCACAGAUCAGGCUGGCGGAUCCUCAUCCUCUCCAAUAUCACGACGAAAAGUGGGUCGACCCAAAGGCUCUAGAACUGUGGGAUUGACCAAACUGAAACGAGUCAAUCGAAAUAUUGAACUGAGUGAUGAACGAAUGGGAACCGAAUGUGGACUCCAUGCUUGCGCCAACCGAUUCAAAUGUGCAGACAAGUUAGAGUACCACCGAAAAUGUCAUCUCAAUAGCGAAACACUUCUGUGCUUGGAGUGUCAAAAUGAGUUUUCACAUUGGAAGCCAUUAGCAUUGCAUCUUUGGAGCAAGCAUAAGAUUGAUAUGGAAUUGUUCAAAUGUGAUCAGUGUGAGGUUUUUCGAAGCUUCUCAAACGCCAAACUUCAAGCCCAUAAGGUUUGUCACAAUACAGAGCGGACUUUUUUGUGCGACGACUGCGGAAAAGGAUUUAAGUCAAAAAAGAACUUGCGCCACCAUCAGCAAAUUCAUCGAAGGAAAAAUAACCCGGACGAGAAUCCGGCCAAAUUUGUUUGCCAGAUUUGUCAGCGGGCCUUCCGUGAGUUCCGAUUGCUCAGACAUCACACCAACAACGUACAUGAAAAGCUGAAGCCACAUUUAUGUAACUACUGCGGAUACUCAGCAUCGUCCAAGUCAAGUUUGAAACUUCACUUAAGACUUCACACCGGAGAAAAACCAUAUUCCUGUGGGGAUUGUGAUUACAAGUCCGCAGACCAUAACAGUCUACGUCGUCACAAGCUCGUACAUUCCGGAGAGAAACCGUACAAAUGUCAAUAUUGUGAGUAUUCAAGCAUCCAGUCUCGCACCUACAUGAUCCACCUGAAGAAUAAGCAUCCGAAAGAAGCCGAAUCUCAUCUCUUUCAUUGCGAUCAGUGCAUGUUCAAGACGGUGAAGGAGGGGAAUUUUCUCACACAUUUAGCAGAGCACAACCGGAAAUCUCAGAGCACUUCCAAAGAAUUGGCAAGAAAGGUCAAGACCGAAUCCGCAGACUCAACUACUCUGACGCCGACCAGUGUGGUUGUGGUUGUUAGCUCCAACGACACUUCCACCACGCCCCCCAUAUCAAGAGUGUUGUCAAUGGUGGGGGAUAUCAGCAGCGAAAUUGAUCCCAGUGGAGGGAUUCAAAUUCAUUCCUCUGAAUCCUUAGAUUGAGGUGAACGAUCUACUUGUGCUAUGCAUGUACAUUUUUGCCUUGGCUCUAAUUCGUUCAUGUUUGUUGGUGGAUUGUGGGAAAGCCCUGUCAAAUGUCUAGAACGGCUGCCGAACAACAAUAAACAAUUCAUGAAAGGUGGGGUUUUCUGCCAAGCAUUUGUCUUGCAGACGUGAUUUAAGUUUAUUCAGGAAUAAAAGUAUUUGGUUAAUAAUU